AAGGUGGGAAGGAGACGGUCAGGGCCCAGUGGCCAGAGCCUGGCCAAGGAGGACGGACUGCGCCCGAGGCCUCUUGGAGGCCCUGAAGUGAACACACUUCGGGUUCCCCGACUCGCGGUUUCUCCGAGGGACGGGCUAGCUGGUGAAGGCCAGUGAGAGACUCGAAGGAACUUCCGUUUCCUUCUAGGCAGGGGCCCGGCCGCAGAGCGGAGUUGGCAUUUCCAGAUUGGGGCUCGGGCCGCCCCUCCCCUGGGACCCUCCCCUCAGGACAGAGCUGAUCGCCGCCGGCGGUUAGGGCCCGCUUUCUUGGCGCGAAAAGGUGGACAAAUCCUAUUUUCAAGAGAAGAUGACUUUUAACAGUUUUGAAGGAUCUAAAACUUGUGUACCUGCAGACAUCAAUAAAGAUGAAGAAUUUGUAGAAGAGUUUAAUAGAUUAAAAACUUUUGCUAAUUUUCCAAGUAGUAGCCCUGUUUCAGCAUCAACACUGGCACGAGCAGGUUUUCUUUAUACUGGUGAAGGAGAUACUGUGCGGUGCUUUAGUUGUCAUGCAGCAGUAGAUAGAUGGCAAUAUGGAGACUCAGCAAUUGGAAGACACAGGAAAGUAUCCCCAAAUUGCAGAUUUAUCAACGGCUUUUAUUUUGAAAAUAGUGCUGCACAACCUACAAAUCCUGGUGUCCAAAAUGGUCGGUACAGAGUUGAAAACUAUCUUGGAAGCAGAAAUCAUUUUGGUUUAGACAGGCCAUCUGAGACUCAUGCAGACUAUCUUUUGAGAACCGGACAGGUUGUAGAUAUAUCCGACACCAUAUACCCAAGGAACCCUGCCAUGUGUAGUGAAGAAGCUAGAUUGAAGUCAUUUCAGAACUGGCCAGACUAUGCCCACUUAACCCCCAGAGAAUUAGCUAGUGCUGGACUCUACUACACAGGUAUUGAUGAUCAAGUACAGUGCUUUUGUUGUGGUGGAAAACUGAAAAAUUGGGAACCUUGUGAUCGUGCCUGGUCGGAACACAGGCGGCACUUUCCUAACUGCUUCUUUGUUUUGGGCCGGAACAUUAAUGUUCGAAGUGAAUCUGAUGUUGUAAGUUCUGAUAGGAAUUUCCCAAAUCCAACAAAUCCACCAAGAAAUCCAGCCAUGGCAGAGUAUGAAGCACGGAUCAUUACUUUUGGGACGUGGAUAUACUCAGUUAACAAGGAGCAGCUUGCAAGAGCUGGAUUUUAUGCUUUAGGUGAAGGUGAUAAAGUAAAGUGCUUUCAUUGUGGAGGAGGGCUAACGGAUUGGAAGCCCAGUGAAGACCCUUGGGAACAGCAUGCUAAGUGGUAUCCAGGGUGUAAAUAUCUGUUGGAAGAAAAGGGACAAGAAUACAUAAACAAUAUCCAUUUAACACAUUCACUUGAAGAGUCUCUGGUAAGAACUGGAGAAAAAAUGCCAUCACUAACUAAAAGAGUUGAUGAUACCAUCUUCCAGAAUUCUAUGGUACAAGAAGCCAUACGAAUGGGAUUCAGUUUUAGGGACAUUAAGAAAAUAAUGGAGGAAAAAAUUCAGACGUCUGGGAGCAACUAUAUAUCACUUGAGGUUCUGAUUGCAGAUCUAGUGAGUGCUCAGAAAGAAAAUACACAAGAUGAAUCAAGUCAAACGUCAUUGCAGAAAGAGAUUAGUACUGAAGAGCAGCUAAGGCGCCUGCAAGAGGAGAAGCUUUGCAAAAUCUGUAUGGAUAGAAAUAUUGCUGUAGUUUUUAUUCCUUGCGGACAUCUGGUCACUUGUAAACAAUGUGCUGAAGCUGUUGACAAAUGUCCCAUGUGCUACACAGUCAUUACUUUCAAGCAAAAGAUUUUUAUGUCUUAAUCUAACUCCGAAGUGGGCAUGUUAUGUUCUUCUUAUUACCCUGAUUGAAUAUGUGAUGUGAAGGAACUUUAAGUAAUCAGCAUUGAAUUCCAUUAGCAUUUGCUUACCAAGUAAGAAAAAAUGUUAACAGCAGUGUUUUAGUUGGCAACCUAAACUUUGAAUAUCUGGAUCUUUCAGGUUAUUAGCUGUAUGAUUUGUCCAGUUUUUUUAAAUUGUUAUUCAAUUGAAACCCUAGACUAAGGAGCAUUAUAUUAAAACUUAUCACAGUGUAUAUUUGUAGUACACUGACUUAGUUUCUAAGUGUAAGUGAAUUAAUCAUCCAAAUUUUUCAUUCUUUUCAGAUAGGCUUAACAAAUGGAGCAUUCUGUAUAAAUGUGGAGAUUAGAGUUAAUCUCCCCAAUCACAUAAUUUGUUUUGUGUGAAAAAGGAAUGAGCUGUUCCACACUGGUGGAAAGAUAGAGAUUAUAUUUAGAUGUUUGUCUUUGGUGUUUUAGGAUUCUGUCCACUUUCUUUUAAAAUUAUAACAUUUGUGGGAAUUAUUUUUUAAAGUGGUUUUGCCAUUUCUAAAAGGUUAUUUAAUAACAAAACACCAUCUAACCAACAUGUACUGACACGGAAAGAUGUCAAAGAUAUAUUAAGUAUAAAAUGCACAUGGCAAAACACUAUGUAUAGUCUGAGCCAAAUCAAGGUGUGCAUAUUUUGUAUCUGUACAGAACAAAAGAUUUGGAAAGAUGUACCAAACUGUUAAAUGUGUUUUUUUCUUGAGGGGUGGGGGGUUGGGUCCCAAAGGGGUUUUUAGGGGCCCUUCACUUUCUAUUUUUUUUUCAUUUUGUUCUGUUUUGAAUUUUUAUAAGUAUGUAUUACUUUUGUAAUCAGAAUUUUUAGAAAGUAUUUUACUGAUUUAAAGGCUUAGGCAUGUUCAAACGCCUGCAAAACUACUUAUCACUCAGCUUUAGUUUUUCUAAUCCAAGAAGGCGGAGCAGUUAACCAUUUUGGUGCCAAUGUAAAAUUUAAAUGUUUUUAUGUUUUACCUGCCUUGUGGAUGAAAAAUAUUUCUGAGUGGUAGUUUUCUGACAGGCAGACCAUGUCUUCUUAUCUUGUUUCAAAAUAAAUAUUUCUGAUUUUGUAAAAUGAAAUAUAAAAUAUGUCUCAGAUCUUCCAAUUAAUUAGUAAGGAUUCAUCCUUAAUCCUUGCUAGUUUAAGCCUGCCUAAGUCACUUUACUAAAAGAUUCUUUGUUAACCCAGUAUUUUAAACAUCUGUCAGCUUUUGUAGGUAAAAGUAGAAGCAUGUUUGUACACUGCUUGUAGUUAUAGUGACAGCUUUCCAUGUUGAGGUUUCCAUAUCAUCUUGUAUCUUAAAGUUUCAUGUGAGUUUUUACUGUUAGAAUGAUUAAGAUGUAUAUAGGACAAAAUGUUAGUCUUUACCUAAUUUUUUUUUUGUUUUCUUGACUAGUAAUAGUAGUAGAUGUUUCAUCUUAAAAAAUGUUCUCUUGAAAUUCUAACUCUUGGAAAUUAUAAAAUACUGACGAGAAGAAUAGUUGUUUAAAAAUAUUUUUAAGAACUUGAAUAAGAGUCAGUAUAGGUAAAAAAUGAAAGUUUUAAAAUUCUUCAUAGAACACCCAGGAUUUACAUUAUAAGAUGAUCAUGACAGACCUAUUAUAGAGGGAAGUGAGGCAUUUUAAUGCAGAGAUUAGUUUGAGAGAGAAACUAUUAAAGAUAUAUAUUUUCAUUGUAUUUUCUAAGAGAAAGUAUUGUUAUAGUCUCCAAACCUCUGUUCACUACUAUGUUAAGUGAUAUUCAUUUAAAGCAUUGAAAAUUAAAAUAAGAACUUUAAGAAUUAAGUAAUGACUGCCCUAUUUCUGUUUUAUUAUAUAAAUUCUCAGUUAUUCUUCUUUGUACUAUCUUCUACUUAGGUUUGAUGAUAUAGUCAUUAAGUUAAAUUAGAUCUGUAUAGUCUAAGCUUUGAAUUUAAAUGUACGUUUAAAGCAUUCAACAGGGGAGAAAAGUGUUAAAGUUUUUGAAACAUGUUUUCCAGGACACUUAAGCUCCAAGUCAUGUAGGUAGCUCAAUCUAGAUGUUAGUCAAGGACUAAAUUGUUUUAACAUAAGGCUUUUCCUGUUCUAGGAGCCUCAGUUCAUUAUAACUCUGCUUUUAAAAUUUGUGUUUAGAGUUAAGCAAGACCUCUUUUUUUUUCCUUUCUCUCCAUGAGUUGUGAAAUUUAAUGCAUGAAGCUGAGGUGGCUAACAAGUUUAUUUUAAGAAUUGUUUAGAAAUGCUAUUCCUUCAGGUUCUUAAAAUCACUCAGCACUCCAGCUUCUAAUCAAAUUUUUGGAGACUUACCAGAGUUUGUCUCUAUCCGCAUCACAAAAAGCACUGGUUCCUUUCCAUCUAAUUGUACAAAAAUUUGUCACUUGCAAGGUCAAAAAUACAACCAGAUCUAAAUAUCCCCCCCACAUACACACACAGAGUUCUCAGUAUCUACAUGUAGAUGUUUGUUUUCUGUGCAACAUUCACUCUGGGAUUUUUCAAGUCACCACCUAUUUUACUACAUUUUAGUCAUGUAAAGGUUGAAGUUAUUUGUAAUAAAUAGGCAUCUUCAUUUGUAAUAAUUUAGUGUCCUGAUCAAAAACUUGGCUUAAUUUCUAAGAAAUGAGUUUAACAUUUGUAAAAUAAAUUCCAGUUUAUUAAUUAGUGGCUUUAUAUUGCCUUUCCUGCUAGAUUUGUUUUUUUUUCCCCUCCCUUUGGUUAGGGACUGAGAUUGGGUGGGGUGAGUGUAGUGAGUGUGUAUAAUAAUAUUUGGCCAUGUGUAUUUUGAUAUUUUGUUAUUUUUGUUGUUAUUUAAAUUUUAGUAGUUUUUUUUUUUUCUGUUUCCAUUUUAGUGGAUAAAAUAUGUGUUUUGAACCCUCGGAAAGGAAACUAUACCACCCCAGCAUUAGUUGUAUACAUUGUUCCCUUUAGAUCCAAAUUAUGGUUUUAUUUCUGAUUUCUUACAUGUCAAAUGAGAAGGGGGUGGAAUGAGGGUAGAAUAAAUUGGAUAAGUUGUGUCCUUGCCAUUAGAAUGGGAAGGAAUUGUUUGGUAGAUAUAGCUAUUUUUAGUCAAAUUGGUCUUUUUUUAAAAAAAAAAAGGUAGCCAUUUCUUCAUCUAUAAAAUGAGAAUAAUACCUGUCUUCUAAGGUCAUGAGAGUUCAAGGAGACCAUAUCUGUAAAAGCAUCUGCUACAUUAAUUCCUGUCCUAACACCCCCCUCUGCAGGUUUGCCCUGAAUAAGAUAUUUGAACUAAAACUUAGAAAAAAAUCUUACAUGGUAACUCUUUCAGUAACUGUUUCUUGUCCUUUUUUGUUUCUCAUAGUGUAGAUGUAAACUGAAAUAAUAGGUCAUCAAACCCUUUAAAUAUCUAAAUUAUUUUAAAGUAUUUUGAAAAAAAAUAUUAAAUUCAGUUGAGCUUUCCUAGUAGAAACAAUUGACUUAUUCUCACCCUAAUAAUCCAUUUCAAUUUGAACCUUAUACACUUAACACAAUGUAGAUUUCUUUCUUGGUAUAAUAAAGUCAUAAUGUCAGGGUUCGAAGUGAUUUUAGAGAGGUCCCCCUCAUUUCGCAGGUGAAGCAACUGAGACUCAGAGGAGAGGUAAUUUGUUCAAAGCUACAUAGCUAAUCAGUGGCAGAGCCCUGACUGGGACAUAGUUUGAAGGUGAGAAAUUCACCAAAGCUACUUGUCCUGGGAUGGGAGGUCUCAAAUGUUUAUUUUUCAAACUAUUCUUUCUGCUAUGCCCUAAUUUUCACUAAAUAUUAAUUGACACUUUAUAACUGAUACAUAGGACAAUCUUAAAUAUAUAUGUUUUCAAAUUAAACAAUACUACAUUAAUGUUUGGUUGGUAAGAUUGUAUUUUGAAGCCUGACAUUUGCAGAUAUGCAUACAGAUUUUUGGCAUUUACUACGUUUAUUAUGUAUCAUUAAUGUAACAUUUAAAAUUACUAUACAAGUAUAUUUUGCCAUUUUGUUUGUACUUAGUAACAAAUUUGCAUUUUUGAUUUGAUGUAACAAAGGCUUUGAUAUAAUUUCUGUUAGAUUCUGCAUUUUUUAUUACUGUUAUACUUAACCUCAAGAAUGACUGAUUCAUAUUGUAUUAGUAUUGUGAAUAAUCAUGUGAAAUGUUUUGAGACAGAGUACUAUAUUUGUGAAUAUAAUUUUAUGGCUUUUUUUUCACUUAGUAGGAACCUUCCCAUCAGUAUGGAAAACUAAGAAAAUUGCUUUUUGCUGUAUAAUCUGGCAUUUGUUGUAGAUUAAAGCUUAUUUUUCUGUGAAUAAAACUUAUUCAAUAAAGUACUAUUCUUUAAAAUGA